CCAGCGGCUCUGGCGGCCACAAUGUCAGGGGGCCGGGCCGGGGGAAGAGUGCCUAGACCCCGAUAGAGCGGGCCUCUGCUAGGGUGAUGAAUCAGGCUUGUGGCAGCAAACGGAAGUCCCCCCCCCAAAAAGGUCCCUCUCUUGGGGCACUGCGGAGUAGGGAGGAGAUGCUUUCAUUUCCCAGCCGUGGGAACCUCCGGGGCCUCUUCUGAGAGCCCAGGCUUAGGGAAAUGACCUCUGGCCUCUGCCCUCAGAGUACCACCUACAAGUUGAACUCUCUGGGCACAGGCCUGCUGAUUCAGAGCCAGCCCUGAACUGGGCAGGACCCUAGAGAUCCUCCCACCACUUCCCUUAGGUAUCCUGCCCCAUGAAAGCUCAGCGGCUGCGCCUGGUCCAGCAACAUCUGUGCCCCAGAGAGAGCAGAGGCAUGGAGGUGGUGAGCAGCCCACUGACCACACAUGUACUGGACACCACCUCUGGCCUGCCCGCCCGUGGCCUCUGCCUUCGCCUCUUCAGGCUUGGAGACUGUAACCAGCAAUGGAUUGAGCUGAGGAAAAGUUACACCAAUGCUGAUGGCCGCUGCCCUGGGCUUUUAACUCCGGAACAAAUGAAGGCGGGUACCUACAAGCUCUUCUUUGACACGGAAGGUUACUGGAAAAAGAUGGGACAAACCAGCUUCUACCCAUAUGUGGAGGUCGUUUUCACCAUCACAAACGAGGCCCACAAGCUCCAUGUGCCCCUGCUGCUAAGUCCAUUCUCCUACACCACCUACAGAGGAAGCUAGACAGCCAACAGCCAGAAGGACAAGUGAGCAGACCUCACCGCCAGCCCCGCUCGCUGCUUUGUGCCCAGCACCUUAAAUCUCUUUCUUCAAGAGUCAUGGGGCUCCUUCCCACUUGGUCGUUUUCCAACAGGCUGCUGUUGAGAUCAAUAAAUUCUGCACUGGCUCA